AUGGCCGCCGCCCACUCCCUCCUCCACCUCGCGGCGCCCAAGCCCCCCGCCCCGGCGUCAGCCCACCCGCCUCUCGGCGGCGCGGCGCUUUCCCUCCUCCGCCUGCUCCCCGCCCGCCGGCCCCACCGCCUCGUCGCCUCCUGCAGCUCGGCCCUCCCCGACCUCGCCGCCUUCCCCAACCCCAACGGCCUCCUCGUGGCCGAGCCCGCCGAGCCCGUAAUCUCCCACGUGGCCACGGAGACCGAGCUGCGGGAGAACGGGCCGCGGAGCACGCGCCGCACCAAGCUCGUCUGCACCGUGGGCCCCGCCACCUGCGGCCCCGCCGAGCUCGAGGCGCUCGCCGUCGGCGGGAUGAACGUCGCGCGACUCAACAUGUGCCACGGGGACCGCGACUGGCACCGGAAGGUCAUCGACGCUGUGCGCAGGCUCAACGAGGACAAGGGCUACGCCAUCGCCGUCAUGAUGGACACUGAGGGGAGUGAGAUCCAUAUGGGGGACCUCGGAGGCGCGCCCGCGGCCAAGGCGGAGGAUGGAGAAAUCUGGACAUUCAGCGUUAGAUCUUUUGAGGCACCUCUCCCAGAACUAACUGUUCAUGUGAACUACGAAGGCUUCGCUGAAGAUGUGAGAGUUGGUGAUGAUCUUCUUGUCGAUGGUGGAAUGGCUCGGUUUGAGGUUGUUGAGAAACUAGGACCAGAUGUUAAGUGCCGUUGCACAGAUCCUGGUUUGCUGUUGCCACGUGCCAAUCUUACAUUUUGGCGGGAUGGCAGUGUUGUCCGCGAGAAGAAUGCUAUGCUUCCGACAAUUACAUCUAAGGAUUGGCUUGACAUUGAUUUUGGGAUUGCUGAAGGUGUAGAUUUUAUUGCAGUUUCAUUCGUCAAGUCAGCUGAAGUAAUUAACCAUCUAAAGAGCUACAUUGCAGCAAGGAGUCGUGGCAGUGACAUAGCGGUCAUUGCAAAGAUCGAGAGCAUCGACUCUUUAACAAACUUGGAGGAGAUCAUCCGUGCAUCAGAUGGUGCCAUGGUAGCCAGAGGGGACUUGGGGGCACAAAUCCCCUUGGAACAGGUCCCUUCAAUACAGCAAAAGAUAGUUAAACUCUGCAGGCAGCUAAACAAGCCAGUCAUCGUGGCUUCUCAGCUUCUCGAGUCAAUGAUCGAGUAUCCCAUACCCACCAGGGCGGAAGUUGCCGAUGUUUCUGAAGCAGUCCACCAACGUGCAGAUGCUCUUAUGCUUUCUGGCGAGUCAGCAAUGGGGAGGUAUCCAGAUAAGGCUCUCAGUGUCCUCAAUAGUGUUAGCUUGAGGAUUGAGAGAUGGUGGAGGGAGGAGAAGCAUCAUGAGGCACUAGAACUUGAUGAUGUUUCGUCUUCUUUCUCUGGUAAAAUAUCAGAAGAAAUCUGCAUUUCAGCAGCGAAAAUGGCUAACAAAUUGGAAGUGGAUGCUGUUUUUGUCUACACAAAGGGUGGCCACAUGGCGUCCCUGUUGUCACGUUGCCGUCCUGACUGCCCGAUCUUCGCUUUCACGAACUCGACGUCCGUCAGGAGACGGCUGAACCUCCAAUGGGGCCUCAUUCCCUUUCGCCUCACCUUCUCUGACGACAUGGAGAGCAAUCUAAACCGUACAUUCUCCCUGCUCAAGGCCAGGGGCAUGAUCAAGUCCGGUGACCUGGUGAUCGCUCUCUCUGACAUGCUGCAGUCCAUCCAGGUGAUGAACGUACCAUGAGAGACAUCAUCAUCCCUCUCUGCGCUGGUCUGUACAAACGAGAGACUGCUCUAGGCCAGUUUCUGUUUGCAAUUUAUUCGUGUGUUCUUGUGUUAGACGGAACCUUGGAAGUCAACUGCGACAACAAUAAUGGGCUGCACUUCCUAGCCUGAUGUAAUACUCCUGUAUCAUCUAGGAUUAGUCUGGACAUUGGUAAGUCUACGAUUUUGUGUCUCUGUUUGGUUUACUUGUGUCAAGUGGUACAAUGUAAAGUGAUAUUUAUUACAGCAAGCAACAACUCCCGAAAAUUUUCA